UUGUUUUUUGCCCGGGCUGCUUUUUGCUCCCAGUCCGGCUCUGCCUGCACACCUUCAGAGCUCUCACCAAGGAUCCCACAGACACUCACUGGGUCUUUGCUAAUUGCUUACAGCACACCUUUGACCAGUGGCUAAAAUCGAGUGGAGUUCAGUCUCUUGAGGACCUGCGCCAACUUUGUUUAAUGGAACAGUUUUUGGAGCUAUGUUGCCCUGACAUUCGUAAGUGGGUUUGGGACCGAUCACCUGACACCCUAGAAGAAGCCGCUAGACUUGCGGAUAAGUAUGUGGAAAGUCGUGGGCAGUUACUGCAGGGACUUCCAGUUCUUACAGGCUUGUCUACCUCUGCCUAUACACCAAAGCUAUCUACCGGACACUCGCAAACAAACUUCACUUCCCCAUCACCCAAUGGGAUACCAGCCCAGGAUCUGCAUCAUAGAAAUAAGAUGUGUUUCAGAUGUGGCUCUGACUCACAUUUACAGGCUACAUGUCAACUACCACCCAGGGCAUCUAAACUAAAACAACCCCAGCAUGUUGCUUUGGUUACAACAGAAAUGGUUGAGACUCCAUUUCAUCCUGUACAGGCUGUACAGCACCACACCCAGGAUUGUGCUUCAAAGAAUAUGUUGACUUCCCAACCCAUUGCGGAAUAUAUUGUCAUGGGUGUACAACAAGCUGACCAAAUGAAACACCCACGCCAUGCACCAACACAGGAGUCCAAUUUACAGAACUGUAAUGUUUAUGUUGGAAAUCUUGGUCAGCAUGGCAACAAAGCUGUAUUAGAGCAUGCUUUUGGGCUCUAUGGGCCUUUGCGUCGGAUUUGGGUUGCCCAGAAGCCCCCUGGAUUUGCAUUUGUAGAGUUUGAGGACCCUCAUGAUGCAGCAACUGCAGUUCAAGGGCUGAAUGGGAAGACUUUGUGUGGCAGCCAUGUCAAAGUUGAAUUAUCCAUUAGGCAGAGACACAGCAAACAUAUCACUAUGUGCCAACUGGCACCUGAAACAAAGAACUACAGACUUAACCAGAAUUCAUCAGGAUUUUUAAAUUUCUCCCAAUCUGUGACUCCCAGUGUGUGUGGGCCUCUCCCAACUGAGGGGAGCCCCAUCAACGCACUUCCACUGGGGGAGGAGCCAUGUGGAUGCGUCAAAAACAUUGGAGGAAUUGAUCUGAUGUCUUUCUAAAACCUUAGUCCAAAGGAUUAAAAACAAUUUGAAGGAGAGUCUGUACAGACAACAGGAAUCAACAACCAUCAAGGCUGCAUAGAACAAUCGGCAGAGUUGGCUGGGGAAGAUAACUCUGUCACAUAGGCUCCAAUAUGUCUACACUGACCUCUUUUAAAAUAAAAGGGGCUUACUGGGAGGUUGGACCAAUAGGGGCAUUGAGGGAGCCACCAGGAGAGACUUGGGAGACAGUCUUCAGGGACAGAGGAAAGGACUCCUGCAGGUUAGAUCUACUACUCUUCGGCCACUAUUUAUUUUGAAUGGACUUGUGUGAGACUCCAGAACGGCAUUUUUUGUUUUGUAUAGGAGGAUUGGUUCCUGCUGUUUUGCCCUUGGACCUUACAAAAUAAACUGGAAACUGCCACGUUGUUACUCUCCUACGUGUGUUCUUCAUUCUUUGGUUAUGUCAUUUUCAUGGCAGAUUGAUCGUACCAUUGCAAUCAAUAGAGAAUCAGCCCCUCUUUUUUAAUGACUGUAACAUUAUCUGUGAGCAAAGAGUAGCAGAGGCCGAGCAAAUGUUGGACUGCAGAAUUGGAUCUUCAACUAAGAAGUCUGAAAUCCUCUACUGGCCUCAAUUGCAAAAUUGUUAUUCCACAAAGCGGAGCAGUUUGCCAGGUCCCAAUUUCAGCAGUUUCUAUCACCUUAAGGUCCCCAGAGACGCAAAGAUUUUUCUUUGAUGAACGACGACUUUAGUGCAAUGCAACCAAUCCAUCAAAUUAUCGUGAGGUUAGUGGGAAUCAAACGAUCUUGCA